AUGUCGUGGAGAUCCCAAGGCAUCACAGGCUCGAACAACAUCCCUCUCGGGAGCCGGCGACGGUUUGGCGACGAUGGCGACGGUGACGGUGACGCGACGCCUGAUCGCGACCUGAAGCGUGGUCGUGACCCUGAACCCCAGAGCGCCGCACCCAGCGGUCCACGCCAGCGCAAGAAGCGCAACCGCUGGGGCGAUGCAUCGGAGAAUAAGGCUGCUGGCCUGAUCAAUCUGCCUACUGCGAUUACGGCUGCCAUGACGAGCGAACAGCUCGAAGCUUACACUCUUCACCUGCGCAUCGAAGAAAUUAGCCAGAAGCUGCGCAUCGACGAUGUUGUCCCUGCCGACGGCGACAGAUCUCCUUCGCCCGCACCCCAAUACGACAACCAUGGUCGCCGUGUCAAUACGCGCGAAUACCGUUACCGCAAGAAGCUCGAAGACGAACGCCACAAGCUGAUCGAAAAAGCGAUGAAGACGAUUCCUAACUACCAUCCACCACAGGAUUAUCGUAGACCUACCAAGACGCAGGAAAAGGUCUACGUCCCUGUUAACGACUAUCCAGAGAUUAACUUCACUCAUCAAGUUGGCUUACUUAUUGGCCCUCGUGGCAACACUCUGAAGAAGAUGGAGACUGAAUCGGGCGCCAAAAUUGCCAUUCGUGGCAAAGGUUCCGUCAAGGAAGGCAAAGGUCGAUCUGACGCUGCUCACUCUAGCAACCAGGAGGAGGACCUUCACUGCUUGGUCAUGGCCGACACCGAGGACAAGAUCAACAAGGCCAAGCAGCUGAUUCACAAUGUUAUUGAGACGGCUGCUUCCACGCCCGAGAACCAGAACGAACUGAAGCGUAACCAGCUUCGAGAGCUCGCUGCGCUGAACGGUACCCUCCGAGACGAUGAAAACCAGGCCUGCCAGAACUGUGGUAAGAUCGGUCAUCGUAAAUACGACUGCCCUGAGAAGCAAAACUUCACGGCCAGCAUAAUUUGCCGCGUCUGUGGUAAUGCAGGUCACAUGGCUCGCGAUUGUCCUGACAGACAGAGAGGUGCAAGUUGGCGCAACGACGGUGCCCGUCCUGCAACCGGUAGAGUCGGUGCAGGCGACGGUAUAGACCGCGAGUACGAACAACUCAUGCAAGAACUUGGUGGCGGCUCUGGCCCCCCUGCUCGCCUCGAAGCCGGUCCCGGUGGUGGUGAGGAGGGUGGCGACGCCAGGCCAUGGCAAAGAGCCGCACCAAGCGGCGGCCCUGCACCUUGGAGAUCACGCCGUGACGACAGGGAACCUGGUAACGGCCCUCCUUCAGGCCCCUCGGGCGGUCCUGCUCCCUGGGCCCGCGAUCGUGGUCGCGGACAGGACAACCAGGGCGACGGAUGGUACGAUGGCGGGCGUGGAGGUGCGGGCGGUGCUCCUCCGUGGCAGCAGCAGCAGCAGCAACCGGCAUAUGGCCAGCAAGACACUGGGUAUGGAGGCUAUGCUGGCUACGCCGGGUAUGGUGGCUACGGUGCGGCGCCUGGUAUGGGAGCACCUCCCGGGAUGCCGGACAACGGAUCUGGUCUUGAUGCGCCUCCCGGCCUUGCGGGUCUCAGUUCGUUGAUCCAACAGUACUCUGGCGGCGCUGCUCCUCCCCCUCCUCCUCCCGGCGAGGGACCACCUCCCCCUCCUGGACCGCCGACUGAUCAGCCGCCUCCUCCUCCGCCUCCGGCACCGAGGAAGCCGCUUCCUACCCCUGCUCCAGAUCCCACGGUAUCAAGCGACCCCUCCCCCCUCCCUUGCAACGUCAUGGUUAGCUUCAACCCGGUCGCGUUUCGGCCUUGGCCCGUCUUCUUCUGGACCACGGUGACGUACCUCGCCAUCUUCAUCCCCCUCCUCUACGUGCACGAGACGGUUCCCGCGGUUCCUAAGGAGAAAGCACUACCUGCUGGUGUCAACCUGGCGGACGCGUGGAUUGAUCUGCAGCGCAUCACCGGGCUGUACCACCCCUACAACAGCCACGCCAACGACGAUGUCCGCGAGUACAUCAUCCGGCGCGCCAAGCAGAUCCUGGACCAGAACAAGAUUCCCUACACCCUCGAAAAGUCGGGCGGCCGCGUGUGGAGCGCUGAUUCCCGCACCAUCGAUGAUGCGCGCGCCACGGCGGACAGAACGCCCGGCGUCACGCUGUUUGACGACAAUAUAUCCAAUGCGACGUUCAUCACCGAGAGCACGGUCAAGGGCCGUAGUGCGGGAACCCAUACGGGACAGUACUUUGAGGGCACCAAUUUCUACGCCUACAUCCACGGCAAAGAGGACCCCGAAGGCGAGUGGUGGAACUCCGAGGACGCCGCCGAGACGUUCCGAGGCAAGGGUGGUGUGCUUGUCAACUGCCACUACGAUUCUGUGGCAACGGCCUACGGCGCUACUGACGAUGGCAUGGCCUGCAUCACGCUCCUCCAGCUGCUGAGCCACUAUUCGACAGAGGGCAACCAGCCAAAGCACGGCAUCGUUUUGCUGUUCAACAAUGGCGAGGAGGAUGGCCUGCUCGGCGCCAUCGCCUUUGGUUACAGCCCGCUGCGCCAGUUUUGCCACACGUUUGUCAAUCUCGAGGGCGCCGGCGCCGGCGGUCGUGCGAUGCUGUUCCGCACCACGGAUUUGGAAGUUGCCAAGGCCUACGGCUCGAGUCCCCAUCCGUUUGGCUCCGUCAUUGCGGCGGACGCCUUUGAGGCGGGCGUCAUCCGGAGCGGUACCGACUAUCAGAUUUUCGCGGACCACUAUGGCCAGCGCGGCAUGGAUAUCGCCUUUUACGAGCCUCGCUCCCGCUACCACACCGAAGACGACGACGCUAGGCAUGCGUCGCCGAGCAGUAUAUGGCACAUGCUCUCUGCUGCUCUCUCGUCGACAAAGUCGCUCUCGGACACUACGGGCACGUUGUUCCAUGGCGAUCGGGCCGAUGGAAGAAGUGACUUGGUUCAGAACGGAAGACCGACGCGUGGUGUUUGGUUUGACUUCUUCGGCAGUGCUUGGGCCACUCUUGCGCUUAGAGGCCUCUUUGCUUGGACCUUGACGCUUCUCAUUUCUACGCCCCUCAUUCUGUUCAUCGUCACUGUUCUUCUCAUCAAGCAGGACAAGUACUACUUCUUUGCCAGCAGCACCGAAGCUAACUCUGGAGUCAGCGACGGCCUUCUCUCUCUCAAUGGCUGGCGCGGCUUGUUCCGCUUCCCUUUUGCUCUGAUUGUCGCUUGCACACUCACCUUUGGCUCCAUCAGGUUGGUUGGUAAAGUCAACCCGCUGAUCAUCUACAGCAGCAGCUAUGCAGUCUGGGCCAUGUCCAUCUCGAUCUUCUACUCUUCGUUCUGGCUGAUUAUGCGGGGAUCCAGCUACGUCCGCCCCAGCGCCCUGCACCGCGGCUACUCGCUCAUGUGGCUCUUUGUGAUUACCUGGGCUUUCCAGAUUUUUGUUGCUGUCUGCGAGGACCGCCUCCACGUCGGCGCUUUCUACUUUGCCGCCUUUUUCCACACUGGCGUCUUCUUGGCCGUGCUGAUUUCGCUGCUUGAGCUCUUUGCCCUCCCCUCCAAGUCGGCCUUUGCUAGACAGGUUCAGGAAGCGGAUCCCCCGACCAACCACGUUGGGGGCAGUGACGCGGAGGAUGAGGAAGACAAUGACGCAGAAGAAGAGGCGACGGAAACCACCCCUCUUAUAAACAACGAAGAGGGCAACGUUGAAGCUGACGCGGCGGACCAGACGACUUUUGCAACAACUUAUAGAAGAAGAACUGAGCCGCCCGGUGAUGUCAACGUCAGCAAGCCGACGCCUGCCCUUACACCGUAUGCCAACGAGCAGUCUUGGUCUAGUCGCCUGCCAAGCUGGACUUGGUUCAUUCAGCUGCUCGUCCUCGCCCCGAUUCACCUGAUUAUUAUUGGUAACACGGCGCUUGUGCAGACCUCUGCCAUGGCUCAGACGAGUGUUGAUGGCAGCGAUAAGCUCCUGCCUCUGCUGGCGGUCGGCUCUCUCACCGUCCUCCUGUUCCUCCCGCUGACUCCCUUUAUCCACCGUGUCAACCACCCGCUGCCGACGUUCUUGUUCCUGGCCUUUAUCGGCACGCUCAUCUACAACCUUUCUGCUUUCCCAUUCUCCUCGAACUACCGGUUCAAGUACUUUUUCCAGCAGAUCAUCGAUGUGGAUCUCAACACGAACGAAGUUUCCGUUUACGGCAUUCCAGAGUACACGCGCGGCAUCAUUGAAGCGCUCCCCGGAUCUGCUGGCAAGAGCAUUGACUGCAAAUCUACCGAGUCUCGCGUGGGAGUCUGCGUUUACGACGGAAGCGCGCAGGCUCCUGACGUGGCACCCGGUUUCGAGAUGAGGGACCUGGUCACCAUCAAGGCGUCCACGUCCUCUGACGGCAAAUCGAUCAAUCUACAGCUGGAUGCCAUUGACACUAGGACAUGCACCAUCAGCUUCUCCUCUCCCGUUACCAGCUUCGCCGUGGAGAAUGCUGCGCCGAUUGAGAAGCGGCCUUCAGGCGGCGUCACCGAUGUGCGCUUGUGGCGACGCAGAUGGGAGGGGCCGUGGAACGUUACUCUGCAACUUGGUGGCAGCCGCGGCUUCUCAAGCGACGCCAACGAUGCAGAGGAGACGUUGACUAGUGAGGAACUAAAACCCAGGGACGAUCCUUUCGAAAUCACGGCGAGCUGCAGCUGGAGCGACGUCAACGUGGCCUCCACGAUCCCUGCGUUUACGGAAUUCAAGCGAUAUGCGCCACGGUGGGCUGUAUUAUCCAAGUAUAGUGUCGGCUUGGUCGAUGUGAAGAAGUCUGUCAAGGUUUGA